UGAAGGGAGUGAAAAAUUGGAUAGUUGACCAUGGACUUUGGGAUGCCAGUUGCGUUUCGUUUUCAUAGAUAAGUAUUUCCAAUAGUUUCCCAGGUCAAAUAUCUCCAGAAUAUUAACCAGACCAAACUGAUUUUAUUAAGCUUGACAAAAUCCACAGCCACCUGACUGAAGAAUCAAUACUCAGCACAGUUUAUCUGCUCAACACAGCAAAGGAAUGUAAGGUUUCAAGUUAGAUGGAACUCUUUUUCCUUUGAUAUGUGAUUUAUUACAACAUUGCUUCCUCUGCCCUGUCCUCCAAUGGCUAACAUAGUAGUAAAUCUUCUCUUUAUUCACUAUUUCACAUGGUUCAUAGAGGCUGCCUAUACCGAAAGUAAUACAUUAGUACAAGGCCAACAGCUCAAAGAUGGUCACCAUUUGGCUUCUACUUCAGGGAACUACAAGUUAGGAUUCUUUAGUGGUAGUGGAAGAAAACGGUAUGUAGGAAUAUGGCAUAAACAAGCGGAUGUAGAAAAUGCCAGCACAGAUUGGAAGCCAUUGUGGGUUGCAGAUUAUGGAAGGAACCCCUCCACAAGAGGCAGACGGUAUGAACAAGAUAAUCUAGGUUCCUCGAGAGCAGCUGAGAAGCCAGUGUGGGUCGCAAAUCGAAACACCCCAGUCUUGGACAAAUCUGGAAUUCUUACAAUCGGUAAUGAUGGCCACUUGAAAAUCCUACACGAUGGCGGAGUGGAAAUUGUGCUCUUUUCGGCUCCAUUAGUGAACAACGCAAGUGCUACUCUGCUAGAUUCGGGCAAUUUUGUCUUACACGAGCUGAAUUCAGAUGGAUCUAUAAAGCAGGUUUUGUGGCAGAGCUUUGACUAUCCAACUGAUACACUUCUGCCAGGGAUGAAAAUUGGAAUUAAUACAAAAACUGGGCAUCGUUGGUCUCUAACAUCAUGGUCAAGUGAGGGAGAUCCUGCCUCAGGCUCUUUCAAACUUGGGAUGGACCCCAACAAUACAAACCAAUUGAUCAUCUGGUGGCAAGGAGAAAUCUACUGGGUUAGUGGCCUUUGGCAAAAUUCUAAUUUCAACUUGCCACAUGUGUUAUCAAAUGAUGUGUACUACCAUUUUAGCUACCAAUCAGAAGAGAAAGAAAAGUACUUCAAGUAUUUUGUAUAUAAAGAUGUCUUCUCAUUCCAAAGGUUGUCAUUAGAUACAUCGGGGGCACUCUGGGGUAUGACUACGAAUGGAGCACUAAACAUAUUUCUCAACUGCGAACAUCCAUCCUUCCGUGAUGGGUGCUUUGGGCGAAAGUAUGAAGAGUGUUUUGCGGGCAAAGGGUUCACAGCUAGAAAAGGCAUCAUGUUGCAGAGUGGAUUCAAGUUCAACGAAGGGGAUAAACUUACUUUAAAUGACUGUAAGGCCAUGUGCAUGAAUUAUUGUUCUUGUCAUGCCUAUGCUUCAACAAAUGAUGAUGAGACUGGCUGCGAGAUUUGGGGCACUGACAGGCGAAAUUUCGAGAAGAAAAAUUCAGAUGAUUACCGAUAUAUAUACUCUCGCCAAUCACCUUUUGAUUUUGAAUCCAAAGGAUCGCAAGUAUUAUUCCUGUGUAUCAUCACUGCAAUAAUAGGAGGACUAUCCAUACUGGCAUUAUUAUACUAUUUUGUAAGGAUAAAAUUUCGUGCAACAGCUAAACCACGAAUAUGGAUCAUCAUUAAAACAUUAGGUGGUCUCAUUGUACUCAUGUUCAGAUCCAUAUACUAUGUGACACAAGAAAAACUUAGAUCUUUCGGGAAGAAAAACAGAGAGAAAGAUAUAUUAUUACAUGAGCUAGGAAGAAGAGAUGGUAAGAAGAGCCAUGAGUUACAAUUUUUCAGCUUUGAAAGCAUAGCAGCAGCCACAAACAAUUUUACAUCUACAAGUAAGCUUGGAGAAGGUGGUUUCGGAUCUGUUUAUAAGGGACAACUGCCUGAUGGUCAAGAGGUUGCAAUAAAAAGGCUCUCAAGAAACUCUGGACAAGGAUUUUUGGAGUUCAAGAAUGAAGCUAUACUAAUUGCCAAACUGCAGCACACUAAUCUUGUUAGGAUUGUUGGAUGUUGCAUUCAUAAAGAGGAGAGGAUGCUUAUCUAUGAAUACAUGCCUAACAAAAGCCUUGAUUUUUUCCUCUUCGAUCCUGUGAAAAAGAAUAUUCUAGAUUGGAAGAAACGCUUCAACAUCAUCCAAGGGAUCAUUCAAGGGCUUCUAUACCUUCAUAACUACUCAAGAUUGAGAAUAAUUCAUAGAGAUCUGAAGGCCAGUAACAUUUUACUUGAUAAUGAGAUGAAUCCAAAGAUAUCAGAUUUCGGUAUGGCUAGAAUAUUUGGGUCAAAUGAUUCUGAAGUAAAUACAAACAGGGUUGUCGGGACAUAUGGUUAUAUGUCUCCAGAGUAUGUGAUGGAGGGAGUUUUCUCAACAAAAUCAGAUGUCUUUAGCUUUGGAGUCUUAUUGUUGGAGAUUGUGAGCGGUCAGAAGAAUUAUCGUAGUUACCAUUCUGAACGGCCACUCAAUCUUAUUGGAUAUGCAUGGGAGUUGUGGGGAGAAGGUAGAGGCUUGGAGUUAAUUGAUCCAACUUUUGGUGAUUUAAAUCACACUGAUCAAGUUUUGAGGUGCAUUCAUGUUGGUCUCUUGUGUGUUCAAGAAAGCCCAAUUGAUAGACCUGCCAUGUUAGAUGUGAUAUUUAUGAUAUAUAAUGAAGCUAAUAAGCUACCUGCACCAAAACAACCAGCGUUUUUUCUUGGGAAGAAUAUGCCAGAGGCAGGAAUUGUUGAAUGCAGACCAGAAAAUUGUUCAUCAAAUAGGGUAUCAAUUUCAGAGAUGGUAGCAAGGUGAAGGAACCUAGGUCUUUCAAUUUCAUGUUUCAACCAAUACCGCCGCAAAGCAAAUUUUUACCAUAAGGAGCAACAGUUAUAUCCCAUUUUAACAAGAUGGUUAUGUCAUAUGUGUGUGACAUUUUCAUUUUCGAGAGAAUCACAGAGUAUAGAUGUCUAUGUAUAUGGUUUUAUGCGUACAGUAGUUUAAAAUUUAUUUGAUCA